AGGUGAUUUUGUCUCUCGGUCAGUUACGUCAGUGCGCUUUCGAGAGAAACACAGGAAAAGACAGCAGAUGGUCACAAUCAAUUUCCACCGGAAAUACGGACUGAAUAAUCGAAUCGAAGGCCAAACGGUGUAAAUUAACGAUUGGAGUUUAAAUGAUUCUCCCUCAGAAGAACCUUCCUUCCUUCGUCAGUUUUGAACAGCAUCAAGAUUUUUGUAAAAUGCAUGUUGUUUAAUGGUACUAGAUGGAACAUUACCAAUAGCAACUCUUAAAGUGUAAGACACAGCAGUGAAUUAUUGUGCUCCUACUUUACAAAUCAUCACAACAACAACAACAAGUAAAAUCUGUUCUAAAUAUUAGAUUCAUACAUCAGCAUUGAAAUCUGGUUGUAGUCCUUCAAGAUAUUGUACUUAAUUUAUAACUAUUUACUGGGUAAUCAUUUGUAAACAAUUUUGUGUUAAGAGUUGUCAACUGAACACAUUGUCAGUACAGAACAGGGCAGGACAAAAGGCUAAAAUGAAUCCAGAACAUUCUGUAGAAUUUCCUUUGAAAAGUGAGACUGAAGGUGAUUUGUCACUACCUUCCAUAGAUGAAGAAAACAGCAACAUGGAUGGCUAUUGUGAAACCAGUGAUGGUGACUAUUUGUCUCUGGAUCCAUUGAUGGUUGUCAAAGUAGAGCCACAGGAAUAUUGUGAGUCUGAUGAAGAUGAAAAAUAUUCAUAUGAAAUGAAUUCAGUAGAGAAUGAAGACGAUCCACUAACUUGCAAAAUUGAUGUAAAACAAGAAGGAAGGAAUUAUCACAAUGGAGAGAAGCCUUCCAGUUCCACUGACCAUGAGAAAGCAUUUUGCAAGAAAAUUAAUCGUACCAAGGGGAAAACAUUCGUUUGCAAGGAAUGUGGGAAAGCAUUUUCCAAGAAUCGAGAUCUUACACGUCAUAUGAGAAUCCAUACUGGAGAGAAGCCAUUUAUGUGUAAGGAAUGUGGAAGAGCAUUUGCCAUUAAAUCGCAUCUCACAGUUCAUAUGAGAAUCCAUAGUGGAGAGAAGCCAUUCGUGUGUGAGGAAUGUGGUAAAGCAUAUCCCCGUAAACCACAGCUCACAGAUCAUAUGAGAAUCCACACUGGAGAGAAGCCAUUUGCAUGCAAGGAAUGUGGGAGAGCAUUUACCAUUAAAUCGCACCUUACAGUUCAUAUAAGAACGCAUAAUGGAGAGAAGCCAUUCGUGUGUAAGGAAUGUGGGAAAGCAUAUUCCCGUAAACCACAUCUUACAGAUCAUAUGAGAACCCAUACUGGAGAAAGGCCAUUCAUAUGCGAGAAAUGUGGGAAAGCAUUUGCCAAUAAAACAGUUCUUACAGUUCAUAUGAAAAUCCAUACUGGAGACAAACCAUUCGUGUGCAAGGACUGUGGGAACGCAUUUUCCAAGAAUAUAGAUCUUACAGUUCAUAUGAGAGUCCACACUGGAGAGAAGCCAUACCUGUGUAUGGAAUGUGGGAAAGCAUUUUCCCGUAAACCACAUCUUACAGAUCAUAUAAGGAUCCAUACUGGAGAAAAGCCCUUUGUGUGCAAGGAAUGUGGGAAAGCAUUUUCAAAGAAACCAGAUCUUACACGUCAUAUGAGAAUUCAUACUGGAGACAAGCCAUACGUGUGUAAGGAAUGUGGGAAAGCAUUUUCGCGUAAACCAAAUCUUACAGAUCAUAUGAGAAUCCAUACUGGAGAGAAGCCAUUUAUGUGUAAGGAAUGUGGAAGAGCAUUUGCCAUCAAAUCGUAUCUCACAGUUCAUAUGAGAAUCCAUAGUGGAGAAAAGCCAUUCGUGUGUGAGGAAUGUGGUAAAGCAUAUCCCCGUAAACCACAGCUUACAGAUCAUAUGAGAAUCCACACUGGAGAGAAGCCAUUUGCAUGCAAGGAAUGUGGGAGAGCAUUUACCAUUAAAUCGCAUCUUACAGUUCAUAUAAGAACCCAUAAUGGAGAGAAGCCAUUCGUGUGUAAGGAAUGUGGGAAAGCAUAUUCCCGUAAACCACAUCUUACAGAUCAUAUGAGAACCCAUACUGGAGAAAGGCCAUUCAUAUGCGAGAAAUGUGGGAAAGCAUUUGCCAAUAAAACAGUUCUUACAGUUCAUAUGAAAAUCCAUACUGGAGACAAACCAUUCGUGUGCAAGGACUGUGGGAACGCAUUUUCCAAGAAUGUAGAUCUUACAGUUCAUAUGAGAGUCCACACUGGAGAGAAGCCAUACCUGUGUAUGGAAUGUGGGAAAGCAUUUUCCCGUAAACCACAUCUUACAGAUCACAUGAGGAUCCAUACUGGAGAAAAGCCCUUUGUGUGCAAGGAAUGUGGGAAAGCAUUUUCAAAGAAACCAGAUCUUACACGUCAUAUGAGAAUCCAUACUGGAGACAAGCCAUACGUGUGUAAGGAAUGUGGGAAAGCAUUUUCGCGUAAACCAAAUCUUACAGAUCAUAUGAGAAACCAUAAUGGAGAAAAGAACUAAAGGGAUACAGAAGACACAAACUUGGCACUAAAUAUCAAGUGCUAAUAAACAAAACAGUAUUGGAAGAUUGUAAGAAAAGACAAAGAAACCUUAAUGUGGCUUGGAUAGAUUACAAGAAGGCAUUUGACAGCGUGCCACACACCUGGAUACUGAAAGGUUUGGAAUUAUGUAACAUCAUUGAGGAAACAAGGUCUUUACUGGAAGCCCAGAUGAUUAAGUGGAAGACUGUUUACGAUGGGAUUCCAUUCCUACACUGCGUCCUAAGCCAAAAAUUUGUCAGAAAGCCUUAGAAAACCAUACUUUUAACCUCUUCCUUACUGUUAGGCUUAACAAAAUGUAAACAUUACAAUAAUUUCUGAACCGAUUUUCUCGGUAUUGGAAUAAAUAUAUAUGGUACGUGGGUCAUACUUUACUUGGCUAGUAUAAUCAUUCCUCUUUAUUUAUGAACUUUUUACUAAAGUAUCAAUAGAGAAAGAAGACAGAAGUACAGAGAAACAAAAUUUCAAAUGGUUUUAUACUUUUGUAGACGAUUUUUUUUAUAUUUUCACACUUGGAUGUCUAAAGAAAAGCCAACAUGGUACUUGGUUAAAUUUUUUUUAACAUUGUAAUAAACAACAGCAUCAGAUCCUGAUGCGCACAUACUCCACGAUUAGCACCCAGAAGCGCAAAGUGAAAUGAUGUACCCUAGCUUCCCUUUUACUUGAUUCACCAGUCACCAAAUUUGAUACCUCAAGUAAAUGUUUCCAUGUGCUAACUGUUUUUCAUCUAAGAGAGGGAUUAAAUUUGUUUCCAGAUAGUACUAAAGUUUUUAUCAUAUGUAUGUGUGCAUGUAGGUAUACACAGUAUAUAUUUAAAUGUCUGAAUCUAGGUAGCUAGCAAUAUUUAUUUAUUUUCCUUCAUGGUAUGCCUGGCAGUGUGUACCACCUUCCCAAGACCAUCCAAUACUUUUUGUUUUGCUCCAAACCCUUGAUACUGAAAUUACUAAAUUAUAAGAGUUCUAGAGCUGAAAAGAAGGUUGGGAGUAUGUUCGUGCCACCUUCAUGUACCCAAUACUAUGCAAUAGUCUUGAAUGUUGGUACUCUUCCCCCAAACAAACUGUCGGUAAAGAGGGGGUUAAUGCUUUGGGUGCAUUGAAAAUGUAAACUGUAAUUUUAGUUUUUCAUAAAAAAAAACAACAAA